UCGGAUUUGGGCGAAAUGAAUAUUUAUCCUGUAAAAAAUUUUUUCUUGGACCAAGACCCUGAAAAUGAGAGACAAUUGCUACCUGUUCAACAAGAAGAGAAACAUGAAUUCAACAAUGAUCUCAUCGGUCACUAUUCAGAGAUUGAUCAUGAAGAAUAUCAUCAAUGCGAACCUGUGAUACCUGACAAUAUUGUUCGGCCAGGUCAAAACAUCGAGCCAAUUCCAGUGAACAACCUAUUUCGAGAAGGAUCCACCGUAUACAACGUUACUGUUGUGUCCAUUGAGGAUCCGUCGAAAUUUUGGAUAGUAUUGAACUACCCUGAUAUGGAGAAAUCCUCGAAAGAGAUGAAAAAAUUCUACGAAGAAAAUUCAGCUGCAUAUGUUAUUCCCGUCAAUUUAUUGGAUAAAAACUUGUACUGUGUAGCUGAAUUGAAUGGAGUUUACUUUCGAGCAGUCAUAGUCGAUUGCAGAAAAGUUGCUAAAAAAGUGAAACUUUUCUUCAUCGAUUUUGGGAUGGCACGAAAAGUAGACUGUAAGAAGAUUUUCUUUAUGAGGCAGUGUUUCAGUAAACUCCCAGCUCAAGCAGUCAGAACAAGACUUGCUGAUGUUCAGCCCCAAUACGAAGCUAUGCCGUGGUCAGAUGAAGCAUGCCGAAGUUUUACAGAUUUAGCAUUGCUUCAGGAUUUCAAGGUGGAGAUCGCAGAAAUCGACAGAUUUCAAAACGUCGUUAAUGUUAGAUUGAUCAAUAAUCACGACGUACCAUUGACGAUGAUUCUGGUCAGUGAUGGACAUGCGAUUUACACCAGUGUGAAGCAACAGAAAACAGUAAUCGACAAGAAUUCGAAAAUAAAAGUAUGCUGUUUUCAUUUUUUCCCAACAUUCCAAGAGUUGGAAAGCUGGAGUGUUCCAUGGCGCUUUGAAACUCGUAAAUAUGAGAACUUAGCAUUGACCACAAAUUUCUUGUAUCCUCAAUAUUUCGAGAGGAAAAAUACCACAAAGCUUCUCAAUAAAAUUGAGAGGAUUCAAUUCCAUACGAUCGUCAAGAAGAAGCCAGUAAGGAGACAUCUGAUGAUGUGUGAUGUCGAAUCUGGGAUUGGCAUUGAUGAAAUGAACAAGCUAGCGUAUGGGGAUUUGAUGGUUCCUAGCACGCCUACAAUCAUUGAAAAAGAGGGUUCGGUUGAGAAGAGCAAACAGGAAAAAUUCACUGAAGAAUUCAUUCGGAGAAUGAACAUUGAAGAAGAUAUAAAGUGUUCGGUUGAGGAAGAAAAACGGGAAAAUUUCAAUGUGAAAUUCAUUCAGAGAAUGAGGCAAACAAGAAUGAAAUCAUGUUUUGCAUCCUCGAACUAAGUCUCGCACAAGCAUAUCCGAUUAUCGAAAUGUAUUUUUGUUGUAUAUAAUGUACAUUAUUUAUUGUGUUAUAUUUCAGUUUUGGAUAUGACAGGUCUUAUUGUAUAGGAAAUAUUUGGUGUAAGUCCUUGAUUUUUAAAUUCUUCGGAGAUAUCUCUCCUUCUUCAGUAGUAUACAAGUUUCUCGUCAUUGUAGUCAUCAUGAUGGCAAUAUUUAGUAGGAAAACUAUACUACUGAAGAAGGAGAUCUCCGAAACUUUUAGAAAAUAAAGGACUUAUACCAAAUGUUUCCUAUAUGAUAAGACCUGUCAUAUCAAACCACUACACCUCGUUUUUAAUUUAAUGUGUAUCUAUAUCUAUAUUUUUAUUUAAUUUAUUUAUUCAAUUUAUGUUUAUAUACCUACCUACUGAAAUAAAUGUUA